CUGUUAUUCUGCUUUUUAAUUAAUAUGCAUCAAUAAUGUAAUUCGCCUGCUUGUAUUGCAAGCAAUAUUAUUUUUGAUUUUGUAUUUUUAUUUUUAUUCUGGGACGAUAGCCUGCUUUACGGCAAACGAGGGGAUUGGCGGCUGCGACGGUUAUUGUGUGAGCAAUAACAAGGAAGAUGGAUAAAGAACCUGAAGGGUCGUCUAACCCGAGCUCAGGAGGAGGAGGAGGCUUUGGCAGCUUAUUCAGACCUACAGGUCCAGGUUAUUCAAAUCCAGACCUAGCCGGUGUGUCUUUGUCUGGUAUGAGCCCUCUUUCACCUUAUCUUAAUGUUGACCCCAAAUAUCUUAUUCAGGAUGCAGAUGAGUUCAUUUUGCCCACUGGUGCCAACAAGACAAGAGGACGCUUUGAGCUGGCUUUCUUCACCAUUGGCUCAUGCUGUUUAACAGGUGCACUCUUUGGCUCCAUCAAUGGAUUACGAAUGGGAUUGUCUGAAACUAGAAACAUGGCCUGGUCUAAACCCCGUAAUGUACAAAUAAUAAACCUGGUGACUCGUCAGGGAGCUACAUGGGCCAACAAUCUGGGCUCAUUGGCUCUAUUAUACAGUGUAUUUGGUGUGAUCGUCGAAAAAACCAGAGGGGCGGAGGAUGAUCUCAACACCCUGGCUGCGGGCACGAUGACUGGCAUCCUCUACAAAUCCCCAGGAGGUCUGCGUGGAGCAGUUCGAGGUGGUGUGGCUGGCUUUGCAUUAUCAGGAUUGUACGCCUUGUAUAACAACUGGAACCAUUUGAAAGGCAGCUCCACCACUCGCUACUGAGGGCCAAGAGCAAACAUUCCGUGAGAUGUCAAAGCCUGGUAUAUGGGUCAGUCCUACAAAACCACCGUUUCAACUAUGAAUUAAUGCCUCUGAGGUUUUAACAAGAUUAAAAGGUUUCAAGUUGAAGAUAUGAAUAAGUAUUGUGUGGUUUAUAAACUGAAACUUGGUACUGUACAUUUUUUUUUUAUUUUUGAACCAGAAUCCCAAAAUCUAAAUGAUUUCAGAUGUUGUGUUGUGUUCACAAUUUUGGCUCCUGAAUUGUUGCACUGUUAUUAGGCCUUGUUUGUAUAUGCUAAUAAAUGUGAAUUUAUUUUAAUGUGAA